AUGUACGGACCCAGUGGCUCCAAAGGCAAAGGCAAAGGCGAGCGCAGCUUUGGAGGCUACUCCGGCUACCCGAAUCGAGUGGCAGAGCGCGAUGACCGUGACCGACGGGACCGAGUCCCUCCUUCCGAGCGUCCGCUCGGGGACCGGACCAUGGGAGACCGUCGAGGAGGUGAGCGCCGGGGCGACGGCCCCAUGAACGACCGCCGCCGAGAUGCCAGGAGCCACGUGGAGAACCGGCCUUCCGGACCACCGCGAGGCCCGGAGUCCCGGCGGAGUGGAGCUGGAGGCGUCUCCGGGGCAGCCGUGCCGCCGCCCGCCUCAGUCUCCGCGGGCGGCCAUUCGCCCGACCCGACGAUCCACGUCUCAGGCUGCAGCAACGACACGGUCUCGAACAUCAUCCAAGGCUUGUACAACACCAAAGAGUCGAACCACAACAAGCCCGUCUACAAGAAGGAAGGGCCCCCUGGCAGCGUGACGGUGCUCAUUUACUACUGGGACGAGCGUGACGGUCCUUCCUUCAAUGGCUGGUGGUUUGGCCCGAAAGUGGGUGGCGACCAAGUCUGGGCCUACAACGGUGGAAACCUGGGCCGUGAAAACGUGAUGCCGCCCACCUCCAACUGGAAGGUCCCCUGGGAUGGCAAAGUGGAUGAAAAGCUGCGGAUCAGCGUAGGUGCACCCCCCCGAACUCGGGACCGAGAUCCCCGAGAAAAGCGGGAGGAGGAGAAGCGUCGCCGCGAGGAGGAAGAGCGCCGCCAGCGGGAGGAAGCACGGCGGCGGCGCCAGCGCGAGGAAGAGCAGGCCCGGCGCGAGGCCGAGGCACGCAGGCGGCGCCAAGAAGAGGAGCGGAAGCAGGAGGAGGCAGCGAACAACGUGCGAGAGGUGAUGAAGAAGCUUCGUAACGCAACCCCAGAUAACUGGAAGGGGCUGCAGGCUGAUCUGGACAAGGCCGCUGCCUCGAAUUUCCAGGCCAUGGGGGCGCUGCGGGACCGCGUGAAUGACGAGAUGCAGCAAGUCAUCACUCAGGUUCAAAAGCGGAUUGCAGAGGAGCUAAAGCAGCGGGAGGAGGCGGAGCGUCGGCGGCAGAUGGAGCUGGCCCGCGUGGAGCAGCUCCUGAAGGAGGCAGCUGCUGAGGUUCAGGCGACGGAGGCUCGAGUGGGUGAGGCCCAGGAGGCCACGAAGGCCGCGUGCCAGCUGGGCCUCGAGGCCUCCACGGCCCCCGAGGAGAUCCUCCAGGCGGUUCAGAGGGCCAGCCAGGACCUCCAAGAUGCCAAGAAUCUCUUGGAGAGGUCCGAGCGUGUGCUGUCCAUGAAGAGGGAGGCCAUGGGAGCCGGCGAGGGAGCGCGGCACGUCAAAAGCGAGGUGGAGGAGCUGAGCAGCCGGCUGCAAAGCAGCGGUCGGUCACUGCAGAGGUGCAAGGAGACUUUGGAAGAGACCCGAGGUCGUGGCCUGCGCCGUGCGUUGGCCCUGAAGGUUGACCAGGAAUGGAUGCAGACCUUCAAGAGGUUUGACCUGGAUGGUGAUGGAGAGCUCUGCGGCGCGGAGGUGUCAUCCUUUGGAAAAGAGGAGUUUCAGGUGGAGCUGCGCCAGGAGGUUCUACAGAAGAUCCUGCGCGUGCUAGAACCGGUGACCUUUGAGAAGUUCCUGCGUUUCAGGCAGAAGGUGGGCAUCGCCAAGUUUGAGGCGGAGGCUCGAAGGAGGCGGGCCGAGGAAGCGGAGCAGCUUCGGCAGGCGGAGGCCCAGCGCCAGCAGGUCCAAGAGAUGGUUGAAGUCAUCACUGCCCAGUUGGAGGAGGGAAAGUUGAAACUCCAGCAGGUCUCUGAAGAGUUGAAGGCUCUCUUGGAGGUCCCAGCCUCAGAGGCGAUUGCCUCGGGCACGGUGCGAGCUGAGUCCCAGGGCCAGGAGGUGCGCUCCAUGCUCGACAGCUUAAGCCGGCAGCUGGACGAAGCCACUGGCGUUCUGCUCUUGGAGCCGAAGUUGAAGAAGGAGGUAUUUCGCUUACAAGAGCAGCACCGGAUCCUUGAGGUGCAGCUGGAGAAGGUUCUGAGCAACGUGAAGACUUCCAAGGAAGCCGUUGCCAAGAAAGCGCAGAAGGAGGUCUUGGAGCUCCGCGCAAAGGCUGUGAAAGCUCUCCGGUCCCGAAUGACCCAGGAGGGCCAGUCGGGCGACGAAGUCUUUGAGGCGGCCGCAGGCGGCAGCGAUGCUCUGGACUCCGAGAGCUUCAAGGCCCUUCUGAAGGACCUGGACGCGGAGACGGCGCUCGAGCGGCUCUUCGUCUCGGUCACCAAAGGAGGUGGCCAGCUGGACAGGGCAUCGUUCCUGGAAUUCAUCCGCUUCUACUUCAGAUGCGUCAAGGGCACCGUGCUCUCGGAAGAGAUCUGCAUAAAGUCGAAGACUGUUCGCCGAUUGGAAGUGGAUGAAGUGCUGGAAGUCUUGGAAGGGCCCUCGAAGGACGAGGGUGCGAAUGUGCAGCGCGUCCGCUGUCUUGCCGUCCAAGACGGAGCCCGCGGCUGGGCCACCAUCGCCGGCAACCAGGGCACACCCUUCCUUGUCCAGGUCCAAGAGCCUCAAGAGCCUCAGCCUUCAACAGAGCCAAGCGGAGGCCCCGAUGAGCCGCCCCAGCGCGCAGAGCGCGCGGAGGUUGCGGAGGUCGCCGCAGUGCCCGAAGUCACGGAAGUUCCUGAGAUCGACCUCGAACACGUCGAACACGUCGAACACGUCGAACAGGUCGAAGAUGUUCCAGAGAGCAAGCUCGAUGCCGUCGACUGCGACCAAAGCGAGGCGGUCGAUGAAGUCGAUGCUGGCACGGGAAAGGAAGAGGCUGAAGAGGCCGAAGAGGCGGGAGAGGAAAACGCCGAAGAGGAGAAGGAAGCCGAGGAGGUUGCCGAGGGCGCUGAGGUUACUGGCGGUGAGGGCGGUGACGUUGGCGAGGGUGAUGGCGACGCUGAGGGCGUUCAGGGUAGCGCGGAAGGUCAGAGUCUCGACGGCUGA